CUGAAACUGCGCAGGGGCGACAGCAACAACAACAAAAAUGCAUAACAACGAAUCUUGAAUUUAAGCAUUCCAUUUUUCUAUCUCUAUUUAAUUCCGUGUUUAGAUCCAGUCACGCGAUAUAAAUAACAUAACGCCGCAGGAACGCGCACCCUGUUGGACUCGAGCCGUUACUGUGGAGGCGACAUACCGUAGCUAGGCUAGCUCCCAUCAGGACGCUGUGGCUCUUCAGGAACCGUCUCAUCCAUGUUAUUCCUCUCUGUUUACGUUGGAAGUCAUUUUGACAUACACUAACGCUGGGGACGUUACCCACUGACUGGACACCAAUGUCCAUCUGAAAAUAGAGAUGGACGCUCCAACAUGCUAGGACCAUGUUUAAAAAUGUUUUUGGCUCAGGGUUCCUGGUAAGAACAGCUCAUGUUAUUCUGACAUGGGUCGUCACGUUAAUACUCUUCCUACAUGAUACAGAGCUGAGGCAGCAGGAGGAGACAGGCCAGCUCGUCCAGCCUGUGCUCUUCGUCCUGCUGGUGCUGGUGUCGGUGCUGCUCUAUUUCGCUGUUUCUCUCAUGGACCCAGGGUUCAUCUUGUCCAAUGAUAGCGAUUUACAGUUCUCUCUGGGUGUGACUGAGGAGCAGCAGGACAUGAUCCCCCCCAGCACCAAAUCCCUGAGACAGCGCCGCUGUGGCCACUGUCUGCUGCAGCAGCAGCCAAUGAGAUCAAAGCACUGCCAGACGUGUCAGCACUGUGUCCGCCGGUACGACCAUCACUGCCCCUGGAUAGAGAACUGUGUUGGGGAGAGGAACCAUCGCUGGUUUGUGCUGUACCUCGCGGUGCAGCUGCUGGUGCUGCUGUGGGGGCUGCACAUCGCCUGGACCGGUUUCACUUAUGCACCCACCUGGCAGCUGUGGCUGCGUACCAACGGCAUGCUGCUGGCUGUGGCCGUGCUGGUGGCGCUGCUGUCGGUCAUCGUGCUGCUCCUGCUCGGCUCCCACCUCUACCUGGUUUCUCUCAACACCACCACUUGGGAGUUCAUGUCACGCCACCGCAUCUCCUACCUAAAACACUGCGGUGCUGAUGAAAACCCCUUUGACCGUGGAACCUUCCACAACCUGUGGGGUUUCUUCUGCAUGUGGGGCACAGUGGUGUGGGAGCAGGUCUACUUCAGGGAGGGAAGCGAUCAAGUCUAGGACAUACUGUAUAUAAAUAAUGGACAUAGUCAGCGUGACGUCACCCAUUGGUUUGUGGACUGCCCGUUGGAAGCCUCCAGUUCAGCGUUACACUCGUCACCAUCUUGCGUCGCCAUCUUGUUUCCGAUACGCGGAGCAGACCAUAUCUGGACUGUGGAGGAGGAGAGGGAUCUGAUCACUGACUACAGCCUCUCUACACCUCAACCUGACUGAGAGAAGCUGCUGCUAAUUCAUGUUAGCAUUAAUUGGAGCAUUAACUGGGAUGUUAGUUUUGGCUAGCAAAAAACAAAAACAAAAUGUAUGUUACUGACCUCAGAAAACUGAACAGCGACUCCUUGGAGUGUCUGUUAGUCCAACCAAACACUGAACAAGACAUUUUUACUGAACAAAAGUUUCAAAUAAACUGUCAUUAAGUGAAAAUACAGUGAAAGGGUCAAAAUUAUGAGACCAAACCGCUAAACGUCCUCUUUUCUAUCUAUAUAACGUUAUAUAUAACUUUAUCGACACGUUGCCGUGGAUACGCAUUGCUCUGAUUCUCCUGAUGACGGCUCGCCUUGUUAGCCACCUGUCAAUCAAAGGUAGCCCCGCCCCAAAUCAUAUGAUUCUUUAUCCUCUAUUUUCUUCUUAAUGGGGCCAUUUUUAGAACUAUUGACAUCAAAUUGUAUCGAAGAAGAUUUUUUACUAGCGAUUGAGACCAUAGUGUUGUCCUGAAAAUUUUUCUGAGGUAAUAAUUCAAGUGAGAAGUUUUCAAAUUUUGCACUGAAAUGAAUGGGCAGAUUUGUUUUGCAGCCAAACUUAGCGCCCCCUGCUGGAAUUUCCGGUGGAUUGCAGGCUUAAGGCACUUCCUGGUUGGCCCCCAUGCUCAGACACUAGAUCAGACAUCGAGGAACAGAUGGCAAGCAUUAAAAGACUGAAUGGGAUUUGACUCAAGAACAACCUUGUUGGAUAUUGGGAUCACUUGACCACCUUUUAUAUAGUUACCUUUAUAUAGAUACUUGUGUUGUUGUCCCACAUUUGCCUUGUUUAACAUCUCUCCUCUCAGUGGUCAUUAUUGCUGUCCACAUCUCUUUCUUUCUCCUCACCCCAAGUGGCUCUCAACAGACUAAUAUUGUCUAAUGUAGACAACAGUUUACCAGCACAACAGUCCAUUUUCUAAAAAGUGUUUACAGCCAUUGAAGUAUAAAGUACCAUUUUCCCAAGACAGGCCCUUUACUCUCUGAAUGGCUCUGAAUCCAUUCAUACAGCCUGGUCUUUGUUCACACACUCACGGCCCAACUUGACCCUUUUUCUAGCUUACUCCACUGAAUCAUUUGGACUGUUAAUGAGGUUCAUUUUUAAUACAUGUCAAAUAUUGCACACAUUUUAUUAAAGGGUACAUCUGUUGUUUUUAGUGUAGAAAGCUUAAUUCUGUUCUCGUUUAAUGUGAUAAAUUGCGGUUAUUGCAGAGUCAUAUUUAUUUUGCACAGACAUUUUACAGACUCCACUUGCUUUUAAAAAAACUAUUGGUUGGAGUGAGGGAAUGACAAAUGAAAUCAAGAAAAUAAUAUGAAGGUAGUCCAAACUGUGCUGCAUUGCUUCAAGCAUUUAAUCCAGUCGUGAAGCACAGGAUACUUUGAAUAUCAAUGAAAAGCAUUUCAAGCGGUUUUAUAUUGUAUGUAAUUUUUAAACUAUUUUGAACAAGAAAAUGUCUUUAGAUUUUUGUAUGAAUAUUUUAAUUGAGUAACUGGAAGAAUACUGUGGAACAGUAGUUAAUAGUUAGUAGAGUGCUUUGACUGCAAUACAAUGUUUGGCAUUUCCAUGUGAGCAUGUCCUUGUGCAAUAGUAACCCUGUAAGACAGCAAUAACUGUGGUGAUUCAUUUACUGUACAGAAGAACUGUUGGACGAUAUGCAGAUGACUCCAUUAGGACUGAAUCUUUGUCAGUGAGAGCUCCGGUUUAUAUGAAUUAACAUUUAAUUCAUGUUGUGUACUUCUGAAUUAUAUGCAAUACUGUCAUGCAAUGUUUUUUUUUUACUACUUUUAAAAUGACACAUCAAUAAAUACAUGUUUAAUUAA